UGUUUGACAACAAUGGCGCGUGAGUUGUCAGCGGUCGAUCCUGCGACGGCGUUGCUGGUCUUCCACACGUUUUCGCGACAGUUAGUGCUGUGUCACGAGUUAGUGAGCUCGCAGAGACGCGUUCUGGAUCUGAAGAGCUCGCUGUGUGAGAAGCUCGAGCGGAGCAGGAGGGAAUUCGAAGCCGCGCGACGCAGAGCGCGGAGACGCUACGUGAGGCUGAGAGCCGUGGCGGUGUGUACCCGCCUCCUACAGAUGUCCCGGCGGAUGUGGACGAGACAGAGACCAGACGGAGACGUGUUCUGGGCCAACGUGCUGGCGAACUUCGACGACGAGCAGUGGGUGGAUCAUUUCCGCAUGUCCCGGAGCACGUUUGAGUUCAUCUUCGGAGUCGUGGAGGCGAAACUGCGGCGCAAGUCGACGCGCUUGAGGAAGGCGCUGGAGCCGCGGCGCAGACUCGCCAUCGUGCUGUGGUGGUACGCGACCCCGAGCGAGUACCGCUCCAUCAGCUCCCUGUUCGGGGUCGGACUCUCCACCGUGUGUUCCUUAGUGCGGCAGGUCACCUCUGCCCUGAUCGAGUGCUUACACAAACAGUUCAUCCGCCUGCCUGAAGGGGAGAGUCUCCAGGACACGGUCAGGGGGUUUGCAGGACGCGGGUACCCCAUGUGUGCUGGGGCAAUCGAUGCCACCCACAUUCCCAUCAUCACCCCGAGAGAAAACCCAACUGUAUACCGCAACAGCAAGAAGUGGCCCUCUAUUAUUCUGCAAGCGGUCGUGGAUUACAACAGCUGCUUUACAGAUAUAUAUGUCGGCUGUCCCGGUGGUGCAAAUUUUGCAAAAGUCUUGGCUAGUUCUCCUCUCUACAAGACAGCUGAGGAAAAAGAUGGAUACCUGUUCCCGCGUGAGGACGCCCUGACCGUGAACGAAGUGGAGAUUCCCGUCCACCUCGUUGGAAAUGAGUCGUACCCGCUAAAGAAGUGGCUAAUGAAGGGCUUCAGAGAUGAAUGCGCUUUGACUCCAGAACAGUGUCACUUCAACAGACAGUUAAGCUCAGCUCACGCGGUGGCAGAAAACGCUUUCGGGCGGCUUAAAGGUCGCUGGAGAUGCCUGCUUAAACGGAUCGACAUCGAUGUGACGUUUAUGCCCGACAUCGUUACAGCUUGCUGUAUACUGCACAAUGUGUGUGAGGCGAGGAAGGAGGACUUCCUGCCCGACUGGAUUGCUGAACCCGACGAACCCAUAAAACCUGAUGCAGAUGUUUACAGAUACAAGGUGACGGAUAGUGCUAAAGCUGUUCGUGAUGCGAUGGUGACAAUUUUGUGAGAUGAGUUUGGAAGAAAAAAAAAAAGACACAACACAUACUUUUUUUUGUUUGUUUGU